AUGUCUUUCGCGAUGGGCACUCGCUGCAUUUUUUUCAUAGUGCCACUUUUUAUUUUAUUUGACCUAUUUCAUUGUGAUGAGAUGGUUAAUGAAAGUCGAGAUUCCAUGUUAGCUGAAGCUCAGAUGAAAAUCAUUAUAAUGACUCUUCUGGGUAUUGUCGCCCUAAUUAUUUUAGGGCAUCUGGGUGAGUGUAGAGGUUAGCCAUUGCUUCGAUAAGCUCAUAGUGCGGAUAUUUCCGAUUUCAUUUGGAUAUCAGGAUGUAUCUGCUGCUUCUGCCGGAUUUCGAGGGCCGUGGAACUGACAUCCGAUGGCCUCGAUGUCUACGCCCCGCGAACCCAGAGCAUCGUGUGGCCCACUCUGCCCCAGGAGACGGCCCGUGUCCUGGAGCUGACCUUCGUGCACACCACCAAGGUCAACUGCCUCUGCAGCAACUGUCGCAUCGCCAGGAACGUCUAUUCUUGCCUAGAAACAGUAGACCUGGCCAGGUGGCUGUUGCUGCUGCUCACAUCGACAACCCUUGACCCCCUGGCUAAAGCCGAUGAAAAUGGUACAGACUUUGACUGGCUAAAUGAAACGCAGCUGCUGCAAAUGCUCGACUACGAUGGCGAAAACAAUACUGGCGGGAAUUCCACGGAAUUAGAUUUGAACACGCUGGAGAAAACCUCUAUUGUUGGCCAACCCGUUGCGAAUAUAAGCAGCAGUGGGAAUAUUGAAUUUCCAAUUGAAGAUCUGAGGCAACAUAGGCACUACGCUCGCUUUGUCUUUAUGGUUCUGCUUUUACACAUUGCCGUUGUGGGAGUUGGGAUCACCAUCUACAGCUGUGUGUACUGCAAAGUCAGGACCUUGAAGAGGCGCUCCAGAAGGGAGGCGCAACGGCGACUGCAACUGACGAACCUGCGGACGGAGCACAUUGCCAAUUCCCGAGAUUGCCCGUGCCACGGAUGCAUUUUGGCCAGGGGAAUGCUGCAGGGUUUGAUCAUGCAGCAGUUCCAGGAAUUGGUGGAAUGCUGACACAGAUGCUUUUCUGUGGGAGAAUUUACAGGCGACGUGUGUGCAACCUUCGGCCAUCAACAUUCAACUGCAAGUGAGCAGAUAUUCGAAAUUUGUAUGCACGUGAAUGGACUACACUUACAAAAUAUGUUUUUCUUUUUAAAAACCCUCUUUUAUCUAUUGAGCAUUUAGGGAUACGCUAAUAAGGCUGCAAAAAAGGCAUUUCUUGAUGAUUCCAUCCGAAGUGAAAAUAUAUUGUUGCAUACUUUUGAAAACCUUUAGAAUUAAUUUAUUUCCUUGAUAUAUUUAAAUAAGUUUUG